AUGCAUCAUAGAAAGGUAUGUGCUUCUGCUAUUUGUCCCCGUUGUUUAGUGACGGAUGAAACUAUAGAUCAUUGUCUCUUUUCCUGCAUUGAUGCCUUUAAUGUCUGGAAAGCUUGUGGUUUGGAUAAUAUCUCUCCUCCAACACAUGGAUUGGAUUGGUUCUCUUGGUGUAAAACCUUUGGGGCUUCUCAUGGGAAUAUUAUCUUUGUCGUUUUGUGGGUUAUCUGGUGUGCGCGGAAUGAUGUAAUCUUUAAUAACAAUAGAACUAGUAUUUACAAGAGUGUUGCAAAAAUUCAUUCUAUGCUACACUAUUGUGCCGUGGCUUUCGACACACCGACGUCGGUCGCCGCAAAUAUGUUAUCUCAGCAGUUAGUGGCAUGGCCCUGUCCCCCGAAUGGUUACGUUUGUCUGAAUGUGGAUGGAAGUUUGUUGGGUUCGCCUCAAUCCGCAGGUUUUGGUGGCCUUAUCCGUAAUAGUUUUGGAUCCUUUCUUGGAGGGUUCUAUGGUGUGGCAUGUCAGGCUAUUAUUCUAUAUGCUGAGAUCAUGGCCAUGCUUCAUGGUUUAGAGUUAUGUUGGGAUAAAGGGUUCAAACAUGUCAUUUGCCUUUCAGAUUCCCUUCAAACAGUUACUCUUGUCAAAACUGGCACCUCACCACAUCAUAAAUUUGCGAAUGAAGUCUUUAGCAUCCGCCAACUUCUAGAUAGAGACUGA